UUCAGUAUGUAAAUAAUGCUUUCAUUGGCCGAAAAUGAUUUGAUGGGUAUUUGGAUGUUAACUUGCAGCGACGCAGGAAGUAUUUUCAAUUAAACAACGGAUUGGGAUACUGUGUCAUAAAUAAGAGAGAAACCCUCAAAAUGCAUUUCUUGCUUUUGCUAAUAUUAACACUCGGUACAGAUGUUGCAGCACACUCAGGAAAAGAUAUAAAAAUCACAGAUGCCUACUUAACAAGCAUUUUGAAACGAAAAGAGAUGCAAAAGUUUCAAAGAAAUGCAACAUCCAGUGAAAACAGUAUAGAUUACAGUCAAGAUGAAACAAAAGAGGAUCGCUUUUCAACAGAAACCAAGAGGAUUAACGUUGCUGACAGAUUUGAAACUGGCGAUUCUAGAAACAGUCACAAUACAAAUAACACUGCAAAGGUGUCACCUAGCAGCCUUUCAGGAAAAGAAAGAAAAGUGGAACGUGAAAAAAAUUUUAAUUCAGGCGAAGUAAAUGAGUGCAAUAUAUCGAUUGCAAAAAGAAGUAUUCAGUAUUUUCAGAGUAAACUUCUGACAAAUGAUCCGCAUUUUGUUCAAUUUCGUAUUCGCUUACCCAGAGACACAAACCAUACAUCCUCAGAAGAUGUGUUUCAAGGUGGACGAUGGUAUUGGACCUACAAUACAUCCGCUGGACCGUUCCCUUUCUUAUCGUGGAAUUUAGAUUAUGGUUUACUCACGUACGGACUUCUGGAUGUAAAAACUAUUCACAUUCCGUACGUUUAUCUCAAUGUGACUUCCGGUUGUAGCAUUAAAUACGGAACAGAUCUUACAUCUUCCCAAAUAACAAAGGCACUUGUCUCUUUGGUCAGUUUUAAAGAAGUAAAGCACGAUUAUAUCAAAUAUCGUGAAAGCUACUUCUGUUACCUCGUUAUCAACAAAAAUAUACUGGGAACGCUUAGAUACUAUGCAGCUCAGUAUCUUAUAUAUCCAUGUUCAUACAUACGUUAUAAAUGUUGCACAGUGAAUUAUAAUUACACGAGUCAGGAACUUUAUCAUUCCUGUCCAGAGGGAAAAAUUCCAGGAAUUCAUACAUGGACUCAAACUUCUCAUGUGCCUUUUAUUUUGGGAAUUUUACUAGUAGCGUUUUGCCCGAUAACCAUGUUUAAGUUUUUCGCCUGGACUGCAAAACGCGACAGAGUCGUUGGGAAUGAUUUUGAACAAGAUCCUGAAAAUUCCGUCGAGGGUUUCGAAUUAAUUGAAGAGGAAGAAAAUUGGAUUUACGCUGAUGGAAUUAAGUCACCUUUAACAUUUUAUGACCUGUUCAGCUUUGACGUUUUAGGACUUUAUAAUGAAUAUCCUAUUCUUACGUCAAGACUACGUCGACUGCUUUGUCUUAUGUUUGCACCAUUGAUAAUUUACAUUCAGAUUGCAUGGUAUAGUAGAGGAUUGGGUGUGUGGGAUGACGAUGAUAAGAUAACUGUGAACGCUUUAGUCGAAGUUGGAACACCAAUGGGAUUCCUUUCGAUAUUGGCGGAUCCAGGAAACAAACAUAAAACCUUUGUCCCUGGUCUUGGAGGUCCGGUAGCAAUUACAAUUAUGUAUUUUACCUUUGGUUUCUUAUUUAUGGUACUUCCACGUUGCUUAAAACAGAUAGUUGAAGAUGGUUUGCCAAAUUCAAACCUUUAUAUUCCAUCUCCUUUGUUCUUUGGGUAUAAAGAAAUUGUGAAAAUGUCACAGAUAAAAGUAGAACCGGACCAGCUUGAGCCUGGAUACACAAAAGGAUCAACUCUGAUGAAAUGUAGUUUUUAUUUACUUUUUACAACGAAAUUCUGGAUCAGGGUAUGGCGAAUUCAGACACGACGAGUUCCUUGGUUUGGUAAAAGUACAAUUAGAUGUUUUUGUGCAGCGUUAGCCAUUUUUGUUUUGCCUUUAUAUAUAGUGUUCUGCAUUAUUGAAAUUAUCCUCUGCCUUCUAUAUUACGGAUUACCAUUUUGUUUUUUCGUGGUUGUUAUGGUAAAGGGGGCAACAAGGGCUCUUGGAUACUUAAAAUAUCAAAGCAGGUUUCUUUCUUGGAUGUUUAGUUUUAAGAUAUUUAUUGCAGUUGGAGUAACCGUCGUAUUUGCAAUGUUUUCUUUGUUGGCUUACAUCGUUGGCGUGUUGUUCAUCAACAGCUUUGGAAUAGUUACUCAGGUUAUAACAUUGUGCUUCAUUGCGGUUAUAAUCUAUCCUUCCGUAUCAUUUGGAUACCUGUUCUUUUUCGUAAUCGUCCUUUACUACUUCAUCAAACAAAUCAGAAAUUUUAGCGACGUUUACACUGAGCUCUUAACUAUAGCAGUUGAUAAAUCGAAAGCUAUGGCACAGGAACCAUACAAUGUCACUUUGCUCGAAGGCUACUUAACUAUUUCAAAUGUCAAUUGUGAGAGUCUUAAAGGAAUUCGGAUUAACGGAAACAUUAUCAAUAACACGGAAGAUAGUUUUGUGGAUCAAGACAUCAAAGGACCUUUGACGAUCAGGGAGAAAGAUGACGUCUAUGGUAUUCCUAGAGGAUUGUUUAAUUUUCUAGUGAAAAAACACCGCCCUAUACACCAGCAGUUCUUAACAUUAGUAUUCAAGGUGUCUAUUAUGGUUGCGUUUAUUUUUCUUACUUUGAGCAUUUCUUCUAAUUACGUGACUGGUCCAACAACUGAAAUAUCAGAAGUAAUGCACGUGAUCUUUAUUGUUGUAGUCGGUGUUAUCCCACAACUUAUUGGAGUUGCAUUUGCUAAUUCAAAUUCAGUUUUGGUGAGAGAAAUCGAAGAGAGAAAAAUUGAACACUCUAUAAUAGAGUACUGGUCUACAAAAUGAAUUGUUUACAAAAAAUGACCCGCUUUAGGAGACUGCUUCAUUGAAACGUUGCUAUGCCUUUUGAUUCGUUUGUUUGUUUUGAAUUGCCUGUGUAUUCGUUUAACUUUAUAAGUGUUUGUGUAUAUAUCCGGAAAAUAUGUUAUUUACACCUUCCUACCUACCUACACGUAUCUUCGCAAAUACAGCCAUCCAGCUAUCCAUCCAUUCAUCCAUACAUACAUACAUUGUGGUAGGGUUUGCUUUAAAGGGACGUAUAUUUGGAACGUGACUCUGUUCAGGAUCUUUUGUCCUGGUUUUUUUUGUUAUUUCAUUAUAUUGCGUGUUAAGGUCAUAAUUGGAGACUUCAUGCCUUCAGUUUGAAUUCUGAAAUGUGAUGCGCUUCAGUUUGAAUUCUAAAAACUUGUUUUGAUGCGGAGAGAGAUGCUAAAUCAAGUAAUGGAAAAUCUCGGAUUGCAUUUCUUUCGCUUUUCAUUGUUAUGACAAUUAUGUCAUAAUGGAUAAUAAUACCUAGUCUUUUUUUCAAACGUUUAAAGCCGGAAGUGUUUCGAGUUAGUAAUUAUCUUCCGGUUCAUAUAAGCUUACAGGAGCUAUCAAGGUGAACUAUUUUUGCCACUCACUGUAUAUCGUCCGUCAGUCGUCUGUUUUGUCCAUUAGCAUUUCCUUCAAACGUAUUCUCAUCUACAGCCAUCAGUUGGAAAUUAAUGAAGCUUGAUCUUGAUGUUCUUUGGGAGGUGCUCUUCCAAACUUCAGCUUUGUUUGCACAUACCACCGUCAUCUCCCCCUUAACGACUGGUCCGAUUAAAAAUUAAUUAGUUUAUGGAAAUGUUCUUUUGGUAAUCAUCUAACAAAUUGUUCAAAAGAUGGUAUGGUUACUUUUCCCUGUAUGUAUAUAACAAAAGUUUUUGAUUUUUUUUGUUAGAAACUGCUGUCUUGAUUUUGAAUAAUUAUACAUAAAUGAUCCUUUUGUGACCUUCUACAAGAUUAUUUAAAUUACUCAUAUUCUCCAAAACAUGGCCACCAGUUUCUAUGUAUGUAUGUGUUUAAUGGGAACUUUUAGCAAAUCUUGCCAGAAACUGUUGGCCUUAUUUUAAAAUUAUUUCACAAGAAAUGUUCCGUGAGUGACCCUUUAGAAAUAACUUCAAUUUUAUCAGACACAUGUACAUUUGUAUGUCAAAAACUCAUUUCCAAUAUAUAUCGCUACUUUAAAGUGGAAAUGUUCAAAAUCUCCUCUAAGAACCUGUCUUCCAGAUAUUAGCCCUUUUCAUGCUGGAUACGACCAACUCUCAUGAUCUGCACUGUUCGCUAUUCAAUGAGUAUCUUUUAGGUAAGCACCCCUUUAAACAGUGUACUGUCCAAAUUGAAAGAUGGACUAGUUCAUUAUAGAAAUUUAGCAAGGUAAGGGUUAAGAUAACUAAUCACAAAGGUUUCUUUCUGUGCCAUUUAUUCUGAUUCGUCAGAAACAUAGCCGCCAUAGUUAAAGAAAUCCAAAUAACAUUUCGUCCUAAACCGUUGGAUCGAUUUUGUUGUAGUUUUAUAGAACAGUUCUUUAGCCACCAACUACGAAAAUGUUCAGAUAUUCUAAUUUGUAAAAAAAAUGUCAUUAUCGCCAGUGCUAAGAAUAGCAAAUAUUCAAACAACAUUUUCAAAAGAACUGUUCCAAUUUUACAAAUGGUUUCACAAAAAUGUUUUCUGGGUGGCCCUCUACUAAAGUUAUUAAAGCCAAAUAUGACAAUGCUGUUAGAAGGGUCGAGUUUUUCCCCAACAUUCUAAGUAAUUUGGUAGAACGUUUCUUAUUAUACCAUGUAGUGAGGGUCAUGAUGGCCUUCUUGUUUUUAACUCUUACCUAAUGCUAAUGUUAAUGUACCUGUGUUUGUAGUUCAAUUUUAUUACUUUCUAUAAUAAAAUAUUGAGAUAAA